AUGUCUUCUGUUUCCAACCACGAAAAAUUAGUGGCUGACUUUUAUCGUUCUCUGAUUGAUGAAGUUGCUGCCGGUAUUCAAGAAAUAUUUGUUGAGGAAGGUUACAACUCCGAUGUUAUAAAUGAAUUGAAGAAACUUUGGGGAGACAAAAUUGGAGAAAGUGGAGCUGUACCUGCUUGGAAUAUUACCCCUGGACAAUCUAGUUCGAGAGGUUCAAAUAGAGGUGCUGCUGCUUCGAGAAAUGCAGCCAGAUCAAGAAAUCAAAAUGCAGCUGCUUCUUCAAGUAACACUGCAAUUCCAACACAAUCUUCUCAGCUCGGAACUCAAUCCACCCAAAUCAAUCAAUCACAAGAUAUCCUCGGUGGUAACCAUGCUCCAACAUUACCAAUUGUUGCUGGAACUCCAAGUGAAUUUAUGCCUCCACAACCAAGAAUUCCACCUCCAUCCUUUUCAAAUCCAAAUUUGGGUCCACCUCCAGGUUUUUCUUCUGGCAUUCUCAGUGGGGCAAUGCCAAGUCUGCCUUCAAUUAGUCCUGGUUUACCUUCAAUUUCUCCACUCUCAUCUGCACAUCAUCAUAACAUUUCCACACCAACAAAUCCACUCUACAAUACACCAAGUAAUAGUAGUGGUGGAGGCAUCUUAUCGAGUAGUACUGGAGGUGGCAUCUUGGCAAGUGGAGGUGGUCUUUCACUUCCUUCUCUACCUGCUGCAACAACUCCAUCAUCAUCUACACCAAACUCUAUUUUCAGUAGCACAAUUUCAUUACCUCCACCAGUAACUCCAAUUCAAUCACCUUAUGGUAUGCCUAAUAUUCCACCUCCAUCCUUUUCAACUCCAAAAUCUGAUUUCAUGGCCUCUAGUCCAUAUCUUCAUUUGGAAGACCUGAAAGUUACAUGCCUCCUGUCUCUUUUAGUUCAAAUCCAAUUUUGGGAAGAAAUCAAUCUCCCAAGUAUUCAAUCUCCACAAUUUGGCCAGAAUUCUCUUCCUUCCAUUGGUUCAAUGUUACCUCCAGCUUACUCACCAAAUCCAUAUGGUACACCAUUCAGUUCUUCCUCAAUAGAAUCACCUGCUUACACUAGUCCUUUGGAUACCAACAAGAGAUUAAGGUUGGAUCCAAAUUCUAAUGAUGCAAGACUAGGCAAUAAUAAUAAUCCUAACUUUAGACAAUAUGAUGGUGCAAAUGAUGACGACGACGAAGACGAUGAAGACGAUGACUCUGAAGAAGAUGAAGAAGAAGAGGAACCAUCUAAGAGUGCCGCUUCCACUGGAGAAGAAGAAUUAGGAUCUGAUGAUGACGUUGAGGAUGAUAAGGAUCCUGAUACCCCUAACAUUAUUCUUGCCCAAUAUGAAAAGGUCACUCGUCACAAGAAUAGAUGGAAGUGUACUCUCAAAUGUGGUAUCAUGCACUUGGAUGGCAAAGAUUACCUCUUCAACAAACUCACAGGAGAUUUCGAAUGG